GUAAUUCCUGUUAAAUACAACAACCUCAACUCCAACACUUUCUCUUAUAUCCACUUCUCAGGUCCAGUAGAUUCCUCUCUUUCGAUUCAUUUGCUUCUCGCUGAUCAAAGCUGUUUAUUAGGUAACUUGGUAUGGGAGUUGUGACUGUUUCUAGCUCGGCUGCUCGGACUCCAUUGGGAUUGAAUACAAAGUUUUGCAAUAAUCGUCUGAAGAGACCUUUAAUUGUAGCAUUUAAGGGGGAUAAGCACAAUGACUCAGCUUUGGUUGCAACACAAGAGAAAAUUCCUGUGCCGGUUGAAACGGCGAAGAAGACGCAGAAAAAGAGGAUAGGAAAAACUAACAAACUACCUAAGAGAGAGAGUUCUCCAUCUUCCAUGGAUGUGGACUACAAUGAAGCUGCUGCCAUGCUUGAAAAUCUAUACAAACUUAGCCCUGCUUCUGAUAAUGCAGAAUGCAUAGAUGGUAAAAUCAAAAGAGUCUCUCGGAGAGGGAAGAAGGUUGUUGAUGAAAGUGAAGAAAAGGAGUUAAAGGGCGAUUGGGUGGUCAGAAACCAGAACAAGAACAAGAAACCUAAACGAUUGAAUCUUGAUCAGAGAAUUUCAUUAAAGAAUAACAAAAGUGGGGACGAAGUCAUUCCAACUCGAAAGAAAAGAAAUGUUGGGAACAAAAUUGAGAAGAUUGAAGAACUUAUUCGGGAAUAUUCAGUAUCAACUGAUUUUGUCAGUAUGGAUUGGAAAAGAAUGAGAAUACCUCCCGUUCUUUCUUCUUCAGAGCAUGCUUGGUUGUUCAAAUUGAUGCAACCUAUGAAGGCACUGCUUCAAGUGAAAGAAGAUUUACAGCAGGAGUUGACAAGAGAACCUGCAGAUGGUGAACUAGCUGAUGCAACAAACAUGAGCAUUACACAAGUAAGGAAAGCAAUAGAUGUUGGUCAAGCUGCAAGAAAUAAACUCAUAAAGCACAAUCUCCGGCUUGUUUUGUUCGUGAUCAACAAAUAUUUUACAGAUUUUGCAAGUGGCCCUAGGUUUCAAGAUCUUUGCCAGGCAGGAGUUAAGGGGCUUAUAACAGCAAUCGAUCGUUUUGAGCCAAACAGGAGAUUUCGGCUAUCAACUUAUAGUUUGUUUUGGAUAAGACAUGCUAUCAUUCGUUCAAUGACCCUCUCAAACUUCACACGUGUUCCCUUUGGACUUGAAUCGGUUCGAGCAGAAAUUCAAAAAGCUAAAACUGAGUUAACAUUUGAGCUUCAGAGGUCACCAACAGAGGAAGAAAUAAUAGAAAGAGUUCAUAUAUCCCCUGAAAGAUACCAUGACGUAAUUAAGGCAUCAAAAUCCAUUCUUUCUCUGAACUCGAGACAUACAACCACACAAGAGGAGUUCAUUAAUGGGAUCGUUGAUGAUGAUGGUGUUAAUGGUGAUAAUAGGAAACAACCUGCUCUACUAAGGCUUGCUCUUGAUGAUGUGCUUGAUUCCCUGAAGCCGAAGGAGAGCUUGGUGAUCAGACAGAGAUUUGGACUUGAUGGCAAGGGUGACAGAACAUUGGGAGAAAUUGCUGGGAACUUGAAUAUAUCUAGGGAAAUGGUUAGAAAGCACGAAGUCAAGGCUCUUAUGAAGCUCAAGCAUUCAGCUAGAUUGGAUUAUCUUCGCCGUUAUGUUGUAUAAACGACUAAUGUAUAUAAACACCUUACCCAGUUAUAUAGUAUACUGAUGAUUUGUAUUACUGGUCAUUUAAAUACCGUCUAUCAUAAUCAUACUCAUGUAAUUUGUAUAUGAUAUACUUGACAUUGCACAAAGUAUAUAAGCGCUUAUGCUUGUUACAUAGUACAUGUGAUGUGUCUUCCUAUGAUGGAAUUACAUUCUAUUUGGCGUUUUUCAUGAAGCGUUGUAUAUAGUAUUCUUGAA